CCACUGUGAUCUGAAGCCAAGCAACAUUCUUCUCGACGAUGACUUCACAGCUCACAUCAGUGAUUUUGGAUUGUCGAGGCUCAUUUUCAAUUCUAACAAAGACAUCUUUUCGGGUCAUCCUAGCUCCUCUGCUUUUCAGGGAACCAUGGGUUACAUUGCUCCAGAAUAUGGAAUGGGCGUUCGUCCAUCAACAAGUGGGGAUGUGUACAGUUUCGGAAUUCUCUUGUUAGAGAUGUUCACUGGAAGACGACCAACAGACAACAUAUUUAAAGAGAAUUUUAACCUUCAGAAGUUCGUCAAGUCAGUGUUGUCAAAGCGAGCAACGGGGAUGUUGGAUCAGUCAAUUUUCUGCGGAGAAGUAGGCGAAAGCAUGGACAAGGAGGGGAUAUGGAGAGACUGUGGAACCGACCAAGCCGAAUGUCUGAUGUCGGUUUUUGAGAUCGGAUUAAUUUGCUCAGCAGAAUCACCAAAAGACAGGAAGGACAUGAAUGGUGUCGCACGGGACUUGCUCUCAAUCAGAGACAAGUUUCUCAAAACCGGCAUCCAUGAGGAUAGAAUACAGAGCCCUGCACCAAGGGACAGGUGCGAGGAGGUGGCCUGUUCCACCUCCGGUUAUUGAGUGGGACGGGAGGAAACUCUAAAUAGAGGCGGGCACGACGUAGCUUGUUAGAGCCACGCUGCUCUUUCCAUGUCAAUGGCGGGCUAGUUUGGGCAUCUGCGAAGUCCGUCCAUAACUGAGUUACCAGGGAGGGCCUUGGACUUUGAGGUGCUUCAGCUUGCUAGCGGGUGAGCCUCCGAACCAGCAGCUUCUGGUUGGUCAGUAAGCAAAACUAGCACGCUCUGCAUAAUAAAUAAAACAUGGACUUGGACUA